AUGAGCUCUGAUGAUAUGCUGGGCAUGUCGCGCCGCGCUCGGCCAGGAUCGGCGCCUCAGGGAGUGGGGCCCGAUGCCGCGUGGGGGCCGGCAGGCGGAGGCGACCGCGGCCUCAAAAGCCGAGAGAAUCUAUCGGUGGUAAAGCAAACUUUGCCUCCCAAAGCACCUGGGCAGCCUCAGCAAAUUUCAGAGAUCCUGGGCGACCCUGAAGCAUCGCUGGAGAGGCUGCUCAAAGAAACCAUUGCUCCAGAAGGAGCGAAGAAAACAGCGGAAGCUCUGAAUGCGAUUAAGGUUGAGCGGGCCGGAAAUACGUACUACGAGUAUCAAUGGCGCACGACCUUCCCGUCGGGCGCAAAGCUACGGAGCUUCAGUAGCUGUGCGCUGGGGCCUGCCGACCGACGAGGCAAUCGAAACCUGUACACCCUCACUGCCGUUCUACCUGAGUCGGAGGUGGUUGAUGGCCAGGGAGCAGCGCCUUUAAUUCCUGAAAUCAUUGAAGGAUUUAUCGUCCAGCCAGAAUCGGAUUGA